AGCACACACAUACACACCUUUAACUCUGUCAGAUCACAGUUUCCCUCUGAGCUUGUAGAUGUAUCAGUGUAUAGCGUACAUAUACCAAUGUAUGUGUAUGUGUGUUUCUGAGUUUUUCAGUGUCAGAGCAAAAAUAGGCCAGGGCAAUUGCAGUCACUGGUGCUUUAAAGAUUCAAGUGUCAGGUUUUAAUGAAGAUGCAAAAACGAACAUAGCAUGCAUGUGUCAGUGGACUUACCUGGGGGGAUUAUGUCCAAACCUUCGUCCAACGUUAAGGCCCUUCAGGCUAAUUUGAACAUCCCGAUGGGAGCUCUGCGUCCAGGGGCGGGACAUCCUGUCAAGAGGAGAGAGGAGACAGUAGACAUAGAAGAGGCUCCUUUACCAGAGGAGCCCAUCGCCGCAGCCCAGACGCCAGAGGAGAAGAAGGCCAUGCCGGGCGCGGUAAAACUGCCCGGUCCUGCUGUUAACCUGUCAGAGCUGCAGAACGUCAAGAGCGAACUACGAUGGGUAACCAAGGACUAACAUGAUCCCCAGCAAGGCGAAGGCAAAGGAGAGAUAAUCUUUACAAACAGACUUGCCCACUGCCACUGAAGACUGAGCAAACUACAAUCUAAUCCCAACAUGUUCCAACAACAACAGCUCUCGAGAAGCCAAUGGUUGCAGAAAAUGUUCAGCGUUUAACCAAAACCACUACGACGCAGGCAUCCAUCAGUCCUCUAAAGGUCAAAGCACUGCAAAUAUAUUUAUCUUCCCAUGUCAGAUAGUUGUGUCACUACUGUAAAUUCAAACUUGAAUCAUAGUUUGUACAAAGUGAAUGUGAUAAAGCAAGAUAUUCUGGCUUGCUUUUGCUGCAGAGGAGACUCAACCUAACUCAGACUUUUAGAAGUAAGUGAGUUGUGUUGCAAUAACAGCAUAUUCUUCAGCAUAAAUUCUUUGUUUUAUUUAAGUGUUUUGAGUGUUUUAAGUCUAAAGUAGCUGGCUUAGAAGGACAUUUGUUGUACAAAUAAAGAAUUCAAACUGAUUCUCCUUCUUUAUGAUGACACUUACUGUCUAUACUGUCAAAACUCCCAACCACGAUUCAUAGUGAGGAUUUCAAUUAUAUCAUAAUUUCUAAAUGUUUAACAAUUUGAAAAGAUGCGAUGGGAGUUCAUUUCAACUGUACUGUUUUUUUUGGCAGGGGAACUUUAAUCUUUUACUUGUUUUAUUGUUGUGAUUCCCAAAAACUGGUAUCUUUGUGAAAAUGUUGCAAUAAAACAAUAUGGUUCUAAAUA